CGACAGCGAUAGGUUCGAGUCAUCCUGUACCGUCCGAGGUUGAUCCGCCAUAGGACUACCUAGUAGUAGUAGUAGUUUUAGGUGUCAGCUGUUUAGUUCGAGGGGAGAAAGGCGAGUAGAGUUCAAAUGGCAAGCGACAAUGGCCAGUCAGACGUUCCGGCGUCUCAUGUAGACGAGGACAAAGGAAGUAACAGCGCGACACCGACUUCGCCUCCUCCACCCCCCAUUCCUUCAGCAGAUCCGAAAUUGGUAUUUCAAGCUCGAACGCCGCCUCCGCUCCAUACCGCCCCGAGUCCUUCCUCUCACGACCUCUUCAAAUUAUCCCCUAUUGCGGCUCUUAAACUGCUCGGUGCCAGUGUCGAAGCGCUUGUCCACAUUACAGGCGAUAUACCUCCGACACCUCCCCCUACGAGCCCAACCAUUCCUAAUAUGCGCAGUAUGCAACGGGAAAAGGCGGAAAUAGUCAGGAAUCUCUCAGAAAAGAGCCUGGUUCGACUGCGGGAACAGGCCGAAAUCCAAGCUCGGGCUCAAGCUCAGACUCAGAAUCCCGCGCAGGCCACACCCAACCAGUCCAUCGACGGCGUCCAUCUUAAGAAGGCAUCAACCCCGGGGGUGCCAAAGAGCACCCCAGAGCCGUAUAUAAUCAUCGGCGCCAACUCGCAGCCGCUCAAUCUUCAACACAGCGCUAUCACGCGCAAGUUCUUUAGCAAACAGCCUCCGCCGAUCAGUAUCGAGGAUUAUCUGUUGCGGAUACAUCGAUUCUGUCCCAUGUCAACUGCCGUGUAUCUUGCGACAUCGUUUUAUAUUUUCCGGCUCGCUGUUGUGGAGCGGGCCAUCGUUGUCACGCGGAGGAAUUGCCACCGUCUACUUCUAGCGGGUCUGAGAGUAGCAAUGAAAGCUCUCGAGGACUUAAGUUACCCGCACGCCAAGGUCGCUCGGGUUGGUGGAGUGAGUGAGAUCGAGCUGGCGAGGCUAGAAAUUAGCUUCUGCUUUCUAACCAGUUUCGAAUUGGUGAUAGGGGAAGAUACCUUGAAGAGUCAUUGGGAGACAUUGAAGCACGGCCAUGGCCUCGUGGGCUUCGAACUCGCACAGUCGGACGAUGAUGCGAUACCGAUUUUGAAAUUGGACGAGACACCGAAAAAGGGGUGAAAUCUGGAUCUGGGCGAUUACUUUAGGCAAUGUUGCGAUGUUGCGAUGUUGCGAUGUCGCACCAUCAUUAUACAUUAAAUGUGCGGUUUGGAAUAAGAGCAAAAAGAAGACAAAAAAACCUUCCACCGGCCCAGCCCAACACCUAUGUUUAACACCGGGUGUCAGCUACUGCGCCUCCCUACUUUCGAUUACUGGGAUAUUAUGUUUCGACCGGAUACGUUCCUCGCCAAUUUAGGUAUUCGCCGCGAUGCAGGGGAACGGGUCGUGUAUGUAGCAGUCAAAGUCAGGGGUCGUCCGAAAAGUCCCCCCGUAGGGUUCGAAUCCGGCUCCUCCAAGAGCAUAUUGGUUUGCGGCUGCUCGAGGCCUUUCAAUUUGACUAACUAGCGGGUGAAAGUCGAAUCGAUUUUUAGACUU